UUUGGGCAGCAUUAGGGAGGAAAAAAAAGAAAAGGCAUCUCCUCAGUCACCGCCUCAGUAUUAAAGUUAGUGCACAGGUGAUGCAUGUCGCACUCAGGAACACAGGAAAGAGAAAACAUCACACAUUCAAUAAGCUCCACAAUGGUGCUCAAAGUAGCAGUGAUCGGGGCAGGCCCCUCUGGCCUCACUAGCAUUAAGGCUUGUGUGGAUGAAGGCAUGGAGCCAACCUGCUUUGAAAGCAGCGAUGACAUGGGUGGACUGUGGAAGUUCAAGGAAGUGUCAGAGCCCAACAGGGCUAGUAUCUACCGCUCCCUCACCAUCAACAUCUCCAAAGAGAUGAUGUGCUACAGUGACUUCCCCAUCCCUGCUGAUUAUCCCAACUACAUGCAUCACUCUAAAAUCCUGAAAUACUUCAGGAUGUAUGCAGAGCACUUCAAACUGCUGCAACACAUUCGUUUCCAGACCUCUGUGAAGAGUGUCAGACAGACACCAGACUUUUCUCGCACUGGUAAAUGGGAAUUGGUGACUGAGAAUAGAGAUGGACAGGAGGAGAGGCAUGUCUUUGAUGCAGUAAUCUGCUGCUCUGGUCACUACACCUACCCAAACCUGCCGCUCAAAGACUUCCCCGGUAUUGAGACCUUUGAAGGGAAAUACUUGCACAGCUGGGACUACAAGGGACCUGAAGAUAUGCGUGGGAAGAGGGUGGUGGUGAUUGGCAUCGGUAACUCAGGAGGUGACAUUGCAGUGGAGAGCAGCAGAGUGGCAGAGCAGGUAUAUAUGAGCACCCGUCGUGGAGCCUGGGUCAUCCGUCAGGUUUCUGACAACGGCCUGCCAGUGGACAUGAAGUACAACACACGCUUUGUCCAUAUCUUGUUCCAGUUGUUCCCAAUCAAUUUAUUCAACUGGUAUGGCGAAAAGAAACUUAACGCCAUGUAUGACCAUACCAUGUAUGCCCUUAAACCCACACACAGACUCUUCAGUCAGAUCCCAGUGAUCAAUGAUGAUCUGCCUUUAAAGAUUCUGUCUGGCUCUGUCAUCAUCAAACCAAAUGUGAAGGAGAUCUGUGGCUCAACUGUGAUCUUUGACGAUGGCAGCAGUGUGGAGAAGGUGGAUACAAUCGUGUUUGCCACAGGUUACAACUAUGAUUUUCCGUUCUUGCCGAGGAAUGUUAUGUACAAGUCUGGAUACCGUAUGGGUCUGUACAAGCACAUUUUCCCCCCCAACCUGGAGCAUCCCACUCUGGCUGUAGUGGGCUUCAUCCACGCCCUUGGAGCCAUCAUGCCCCAGGCUGAGAUGCAGGCCCGCUGGGUGACACGUGUCUUCAGUGGACAAAAUAAAUUGCCCUCAAACCAGGCCAUGAUAAAGGCUGUUGACAAGGACACCAAGGACAUAGAGAAACACUACUUUGUGUCCAAGCUGACACCCCUGCAGGUGGACUUUGUUUCCUACAUGGAUGACAUAGCAGGAGAGAUUGGGGUGCGCCCAAGUCUCCUCUGGCUCUUCUUCACAGACUAUCCCCUCUUUAAGAAGGUUCUAUGGGGACCUGUCACAGCUUACCAGUACCGCUUGAUGGGACCAGGGAAAUGGGUUGGAGCCCGCAAAGCAAUCUUCACCCAGUUUGACCGCAUGUACCAGCCCCUGAAAACCAGAAAAUUCAAAGAGGAAGAGGUCUCCAUCACGGGCCGUCUGAUGAAGUUGAGUCUGACAGUCAUGGUCGGAGCAACUUCCAUCUACUACAUGCAUGUGCGUGACCCCACCAUCAUCCCCGCUCUCCUGUCCAAGCUCCGUCCACAGACAGUCUAAACAAGCUCCAUCCAUUAAGUUAGGUGGAAAAAAAACACACACACAAAACAAAUACCAAAUCAACUGUUUCUAGAACCCUUGAGAAAUCUGGUUCAGUAUGCUUCUGUUUGGUUUGUGAUUAUUGGGAUGAUUAUUGGGGUGACUGUCUGGCUGCUGCUGAUUGCUAGGAAUAUUACUGUUUCUUUAUAUGCAGUCAGUUUACUUAAAUGCUUAAACUUGUUAUAUGGCAAGUAUUUUUCCUAAAACCAUGUUCUUAUACAAUUCUACAAAAUCUACAAAGUAUGUUUUAGCGAAAACAUAUCUGAGAUGCAGUGGAUUGUUAAUUGUCAAGGACAAAUAAGCAGUAACCGAUUCUAUGUACAUUGUUAUGUAACUUUAUUUCAACAUGAAUAUGGAUUGUUUGUUUUGUGUGAAGAAACCGAUACAUUAGACAUCUCAUCUGUGUCAUUUGUGUCCAGCAUCAUUGAAAUGAAUACAACAGAAGGCAUACAAGAGACCAUACAUAAAAUAAAAAAUAGGAAUGAAUCCAUAGGAAUGAAAUUUUGUAACAAAACAAAACAAAAC